AUGACACUACUACAAAUGACGGCUGGCAAGAGCAUGUGAAUGAAUUGCUUACCUAAUAGCUAAUCGUAUAAGGUUCGGAAGAUUAUGCCAACUUUCCCCGCUAAAAUUUUCGAUACCCCACAAUCAAUUCACAGAGCAAAAUGUCAACCUUAGAACCCCACCAUCAAUCCCAGAUUUGUCAAAAGCCUACAUCGAACAAGACAAAUCGGCAAUAUGGCGAUAAUAGAAAACCAGGAAUUGGCUGAAGCCACCCAACCAGGAAAUACUCAGGCAGAACCAGAUGUAGUUGCGACACUCUCGAAACCAAUCCAUUCCCUUGUUGUCGAUACUGGACCUCUAAUUAAGAACGACCCUCCCGUUAGCACACUCCUCGCCCAGUCGCACGAGCUAUAUACACUGCCCUCCGUCCUCUCCGAAGUACGCGACGCAGCCACAAGAGCGCGCGUUGAAACCACACUUCUUCCGUUCCUGGAACUCCGCAGCCCAAAACCGGAGAGCGUCAAAUUCGUCACUGACUUCGCGCGGCGCACCGGUGAUCUCGAGGUCUUGAGUAAACCGGACAUACACUUAAUCGCAUUGACGUAUGAGCUAGAGUGUGAGAGAAACGGAGGUGAUUGGAGAUUACGGAAGACCCCGGCGCAGAAGGGGUUGAAUGGGAAGGCGCCGAAGAAGGAUGAGGAUGAUGCUACGGAACAGAAAGAGAUAGAGAAUGGAGAGAGCACAAAGGCCGAGGAAUCUUCUGAGCCUCGAGAUGGAACAGAGCAGACCCCGUUAGAGGUUGAUGUGGAAGAAGCUACCAAGGAGAAGACCGAAACACAAGAGCAACCAACUGUCCAGCAAGAAACAGUCACCCAAGCGCUUGACUCGCUUAGCCUAGAACCAUCCGCAUUACCAACAGUAGACACCGUACUGAACGACGCCGCGGCGCCAGAGACAAACACGCAAGAAGCAGAAGAAGACGAUGAUGAAGAAGGCUGGAUCACACCCUCGAACCUCAAGAAACACCAAGCCAAAGACCAGCUCUCCGGCCCCGAACGACCGAUCGAGAAAUUCCUACAAGUGGCGCUCCUCACGUCCGACUACGCGAUGCAGAACGUGCUGCUGCGCAUGAACCUCAACCUCGUGUCUCCGAGCCUAGCGCGCAUCACCCGCGUCAAGACGUGGGUCUUGCGGUGCCACGGCUGCUUCGCUAUCACCCGCGACAUGGGCAAGCAGUUCUGCCCACGCUGCGGACAGUCCACGCUCACGCGCGUGAGCUGCUCGACGGAUUCGGGGGGUAAUUUCACCGUGCAUCUGAAGCGCAACUUCCAGUGGAAUAACCGGGGUAAUGUGUACAGCGUCCCCAAACCGGUCCACGGCAGCGCUAGCGGGAAGGCGAGGAGCGCUGGAGGAGGGAAGAAUGGGUGGGGUAGGGAGCUGAUAUUGGCGGAGGACCAGAAGGAGUUUGUGAAGAAGAGUACGGAUCAGAGGAGGGCGCGGCAGAGGGAUCUUAUGGAUGAGGAUUACUUGCCGGGGAUAUUGACGGGGGAUAGGAGUGGAGGUGGAGGUGGGAAUGGGAAGGUAAGGGUUGGGGCGGGGAGGAAUGUGAAUUCGAGGAAGAGGUGA